GCAAGUUCCGAUGGCGGCCGGUAACGCUCGCUCUCGCUGGAAUCAGCCGUUAUUAUUAUUAUCAUCAUUUCUUCAUUGUUUCCAGUCUAGGAUCAGCAGAAUCUAUUUCUCAAUAGCAACAGCAUCAUUUUGUGACUGUUGUUCGGGUUACAAUCACUGUUGUUUCUAGGUCGGACUUUUCAUCCUCAGCCCAGUCUGGGUCCACGGCUUUUUCUUGGCGCUCAAACAGGGCAAAGUGAGAUGGGAAGAGAGCAUGCAAGAGACGGCAGUGAACAAGAGUCGAGAUAGAACGCCUGAACAGAGCAACUGGGAGAUGCCCUUCAGCUGCCCUUGCCCUCGUUUUACAGUGAAAAAGCCACCAAACAAGACCUGGUUCUGGGGCACAUUUAAACCGACCAAGGUGGGUAAAGGUAGCUAAGGCAGGCACCGAAAUGUCUACACGUGCCGAACCCCCACCGACAAGACAAGAAACCCAGACGACGGAACCUGCGUCGAAUUCAUCAACAGGGCAUAGAGCGGCGCGGCGCCCGUCAGAGUCGCCAACCUAUUCACCGGCAUCAGCAACGGCAUCGGCAUCCGCCUCAGGGUCGACCGCACCCGCACCUACACGCCGUGCAAGCCGAAGGGGCGCGCCGCGUCGGUUCCGGUGCGAUGUCGAGGGCUGCGGCAAACUAUACACGCGCGCAGAGCACCUUCAGCGCCACCAGCUAAACCAUAAUCCGCGCGAGAUAUUUGAAUGCAACGAGGACGGAUGCUCUCACUGCUUUGUGCGCGCCGACCUGUUGGCCCGCCACAAAAACAGACACCACUCCUACUCAUACGUGCCCAGAAACCGCGGCACAGCCCGGAGCUCAUCUUGUUCUUCCAACGCAGUCCCACGGCCAGAGUCAGAUGGACAAGCUCGUGCCGGUGCUUCGGUGCAAUCAAUCGUUUCAACCACCACCACCACCACCAACGUCACCACCGCAGCUGGCGUCGACGAUGGGGGCCCCCCUGGAGUCUUGCAUAAUGCACAGCCUUCGCCGCGGGUCCCGCACGAUGCUGUCCUGAUGACGCCAGAGUCGAGUGUUGGCCAACUUUCAGGUGCCGGCGGUACCAUUCACGCACCACCAGGCUGGUCACCGACCAUGGUAGAUACCAUCAACACCGCAGCCACUGCCAGCACCAGGGACACCAGCAAUAACAACAACAACAACAACAACAACAACAGCAACGGCAACGGCACCAGCAACCCCCAUGGCCUACUGCCGCGCAAGGCCAUGUUUUAUGGCCACGUACAAGGCCUAGCCGAGCAAACGGCGCCGCCUGUCAUGCCAUGGGGGUUCCCGCCCGAAGACACACUGAUCCGUGAUAAUUUCGCAACUUGGUUGUUUGACACGCAGGGCCACUACAACGACAUCAACGUCGCAAAUGUUCCAUUUCUCGAGGGUGGCCUGGAGUCACCUUUCAACACAAACAUCCCCUACGAUUACGAAUCUCUUACAAGCAGGUCCCAACUAGAGACGCCUCCACGGCAGACAGAUGCCGAAGAGCUGCUAUCCGACUACCGUCGACAGGAAAUACUCCGCUGGUUCAAGGCUUUCCGCGUCAAAUACCCAAAGCUAGAGCCCCUGGUCUCCAACUUGGUGUCGACGGGAAACAACCCGGACCACCCGCCGGCGCUCAACCUCGAGAUGAUGCGCGACUGCCUGCGCGAGUACUGGGAACACGUCUCUUCACGACUGCCCAUCAUUCACGAGCCUACAUUCUUUUGCAACCGCUGCUCGAUGCUCCUGCUGCUCGUCAUGAUUGCCCUUGGUGCCGCUUCGCUGCGCAACCGGGACGCAAGCGGUGCUCUGGUCGAUUAUGGCGGCUUUGCAGAUGUUAUCAUCUGGGGCUUGCGCUGGGAGAUUGUCACGGCCGAGGAGGCCACCCCGCCCGUCAGCCUGGCCGUUGCUCAGGCGCUUCUUCUGCUUGAGUUCCACGAGAAGAUGUACAGCUCCCGCCGCCUGCACGAACGCGCCCACAUCUAUCACUCUUCGACACUCACCCUUCUCAGGCGCGGAAGCCCGCUAAUCGGGCGAUCAGGGAGCGAGACCCCCCCAGAACAGCACCAGUACGGUAGCGGGGCCACCUCCAACAGCAACAACCAACCCAUGGACUCUCAAACAUGGUGGACGAAGUGGGCCGAGACAGAAUCUAUGCACCGAGUUGUCUACGCCGCCUUCAUGAUGGACGUAGUGCAUGCCGCAAUGUUCGGGCACGCGGCCGACAUGGCACCACACGAGAUCCGACUCCCGCUUCCGUGCGACGACCAGCUCUGGACGGCGGCGAGCGCCGAGUCCAUGCGCGAAAAGGACGCAAACCUACGCAUGUACGGGCUUCGGCCCAUCUCUUUCCUCGACGGGCUCAAGCGCGCCGUCCACGCCAACGAGGUCCAGACACACAGCUUCGGCAGGAUGGUCAUCAUGUGCGGCCUGCUCAGCGUUGGCUGGCACCUGAGCCGAAGAGAGCCACACCUCAAGUGGCUUGACCUUACACCGCCGGGCAGCAGCGAGACAAGGGAUGGGUGGCGAAAGACACUGCUGAGUGCGUUUGACGAGUGGAAGAGGAGUUUUGACUGCGCUCAGGGAGGCGGUGCCGUGAGCCUGGGCGGCAUCCCCGGCUCCGUGGCGGGAGCUGGAAAGGCAACCGACGCCAAUAACGGGCCCAUCCAGAGUGCAGCGGUACUAUAUCGCCUCGCUCACAUCAGCCUGCACGUCGACAUUGUCGACUGCCAAGUGUAUGCCGGGGCGAAGCAACUGCUAGGCAGGAAGGUGUCAACGCGGGACUAUGUGAACGUCGUUGCACGUAUGAAGGCUUGGGCGGGCCUCCCGGCCACCAGGCACGCGGUCCUGCACGCCUUCAAGCUGCUGUACCAGGUCCUAGUUGACCAGAGGCAGCCUUUGGUCGCGGGGAGCGAGCUGCUGUCGGCUUCGUCGUCAUCAGCGUAUGGCGGCGGCGGCGUCAGUAAUCAAACCAACAGGCUGCCGCCAAUCAAGAUUUCAACUUACAGCUGCCGCAGUGAAGAUGACCCACACAGACCUUGGAUCAUGUAUUAUGCCACCCUGAGCAUCUGGGCGUUUGUGAGGGCGUUACAGAGCCGGGGUGGUGGUAGUGCCAGUGCUGAACAUAUGACAACAACAGCAGCUGCUGCACUACAAGCACAGCUACAGCCACAUACGGGACUGUUGGGGCCUGGUGCAUUUAAUCCCGUGGCGAACUACAACAGUGUGGUGGCCUACCUUUCCGGGGUCGCGAGGCUGACUGAACUGAAAGAAGACACUGCAAUGGGGCUUGGCGAGGGCCUCGGCGAUCUGCUGGACUGCGUGUCUGCGAUCCUGGGUGAGGCGCACUCGGAGCUACUAAGGGAAGCGAGGCUGAGGUUGAGUGCCUGCAAGGGUAUGCCGGCCUGACAGUUGUUUAGCUUAGCUGGGUGAGAAAGAAACUGGAAAGGGAAAGAGUCGAGACGACACCAAUAGAUCUAGCGGAACCCAUCCACUGUGUCGUCUCCCAGGAAAGGCGCGGCAUGCUGAGCAUAGCGGGGAAACUAUUCAAGCCACUCUUCUGGUUGAGGAAGGAAGGCUAGGGAUAUCGCUGUCACAUGAUAGUCCUCAGUCAAUGUUGGACGGGGUGACGUAAUCUUAAUAGCUACGGAGCAGACUCGGCUUGACGAGAAUUGCAAGAGAUUUAAUGAAUAAUGAAGGAUGAAUGCAGGAUAAUAUAAAUAAACGCCAAAAAGAGCCACUGUGGGAGUAUACCUUCUUGUCAUUGGCAGGGAGCCGUUCUCGACCCAGUAUUUGAGUAAUUAAAAAUGCUGACAUGCUUGGUCAUUCUACUGAGAUUAAUUGCCCUCCAAACUGCA